AUGCUCAUUAUCAGCGUUGCCACCUGCACGAGUUCCAUAUUUGUUCAUUUAGAAAAGUAUGCGUUACGGAAUCAGUACAUUCAAGCAAUUCCGUGGUGGCUGCGGUUUCUGACUGCUAAGCGACUUUUUUGCUGUUAUGUGCCGAAAAAAUUUCGAAUUGGAAGAAAUGAAAAUAUCAAACGGAAUCACGACGUAACAGCUCGCUUUGUUAGCCCAUCUGCAGACAGCUUCACGUUUCGAGAUAUUAUUCCGGCAGAGGUGAACAUGACAGAAUGUCAUCAAGAGACAGCAGUAUCCGAAGCGAUCGCCGAAACACCGCCGUCACUGAUUGCUCAAAGAACUGAGCUACUCAUUAGUCUAAUGCGAGAAUUCAUUCAGAUGAAAGACGAAGCACAAAGGCGACACUGUCUUCCAGCUUACUGGGAAAGGGUUAUUAAAAGACUAGAGAACAUCUCACUAACUACCUAUUUGUUUCUUAUUAUUAUGAACGUUGCCAUGCUUAUGUGUCCAGAACUGUGGUACUGA